GUUUCAGAUGGAGCCUCUUCAGUUCACUAUAGGGCCGGAAGAAGUUGUCAUAGAAAUGUGCCCUAGCACUCUCUAUAAAAUGGCAAAACAAGCAGCAGAGAAUUCGCCGCAGGAAACUUCAAAGAAAUUAGAUGUUCCAUUAGAUGAGUCUCCAGUCAAGGUGCAAGCAACAGAUCCGAAGAUGCCUUCCCGAUGCUGGCGAUGCAAAGCUAGUCGACUUCGCGUGGUAAAUAUCGAAGGUACUGGAAAACGGCUGCUUGAGUGUGCAAAUCGCAAUUGUCUGGCCUCAAUCGAGUACACCGACUUACCCGCAGGAACAAUAAUAGAACAAGAAAAAUCAAGGAAAAACUAUGGUUGGUAUCUUCGCGACACGGCGGAGAUGUUUUAUCCUUCUCAAAAAACAUUGGAUAUACCUCCAGGCGCCAAAUUCGACUAUAAACCGGAGGUGCUUCUGAAUAAAGGCAAAAGCGUCAUGAUACGGUGUCCAGGUCAAAAGAGGCUAGUGUUGCUUGAGUAAAUAUGUA